GAAGACGCCGACGACUUCGCAUCGUACGAGCAGUCUCGACUGAUGCUGAGCGAGACGCAGUACGAGCCGUUGACGCCGCCACCAGAAAUUGAAGAAGCGCUUCGACGCGCGAAGGCAGGUCAGCUAGGUGAUUACUAUGAGCCGCCGAGCCCCGCAGCGUCGGCCCCCACGCACCCGGUCACGAGACACGACCUGUCCAAGCACGUCAACUUGUCCCCGAGCGUUCGAAACCCCACAAAGCCCCACCCACCAGCAGCUCCGACCAAAAUUCGAGCUCGCUACGUCGACACCUUCAACUCACCG